CGUAAUAUGGAAAGGACCAACGAUUCCAUGUUGACAGAAUUUGUUUUGGUGGGGCUUUCAGCCCAUCCAAAGCUCCAGACCGUUUUCUUUGUGCUAAUUUUGUGGAUGUACCUGCUGAUCCUGCUUGAAAAUGGAAUCCUCAUCUCAGUAAUCAUCUACGACUCUCGCCUGCACACCCCUAUGUAUUUCUUCCUCUGCAAUCUGUCUUUCCUGGACAUUUGUUACACAAGCUCAUCUGUCCCACUAAUCCUCGACAGUUUUCUGACUGUAAGGAAAAGAGUUUCCUUUUCUGGCUGCAUGGCACAAAUGUUUCUCUCCUUUGCCAUGGGGGGAACAGAGUGCGUGCUUCUUGGCAUGAUGGCCCUUGACCGCUAUGUGGCCAUCUGCUACCCACUGAGAUACCCUGUCAUCAUGAGCAAGGGUGCCUACGUGUCCAUGGCAGCUGUAUCAUGGCUCACUGGGCUUACUAACUCAGUGGUACAGACAUCUCUUGCAAUACGACUACCAUUCUGUGCUAAUAACGUCAUUAAUCAUUUUGUCUGUGAAAUUCUGGCUAUCCUAAAACUAGCCUGUGCAGAUAUUUCCAUCAAUGUGAUCAGUAUGGCAGGAUCAAAUCUGAUUUUUCUGGUUAUUCCACUGCUUGUCAUUUCCAUCUCUUACGUGUUUAUUGUUGCUACCAUUCUGAAGAUCCCUUCCACUGAAGGAAAACGUAAGGCCUUUUCCACCUGCUCAGCCCACCUGACAGUGGUGAUUAUAUUCUAUGGAACCAUUUUCUCCAUGUAUGCUAAGCCCAAGUCUAAAACAUCUGUUGGUACAGACAAUCAAGACAUCGUUGAUGCCCUCAUCUCCCUAUUCUAUGGGGUGAUGACACCCCUGAAAGUUCCAUUUUCUCCAGAUUUUAAAAGGAAUAAAACAUCCUCCUUGGUUUGUCACAAUAUGGCAUGUUUACUAUGCCUAACAAACCUUAUUCAGCGCUGA